GUCUUGUCUAUCAAUGAUUCGAUGUAAUAAUAAUAAUAAUGAGUUAGAUGAAAAAGUAAAUUUCUAUCUCAAAAAAUAAAAUUACGCAAAAAGAUAAAUUGCAUUAAAUCUAGAAAGAAAAAGUCACGAGGGGCGCUAAAAUCAGCGCACAAAUGGCAGACGUUGGAGCGCGUUUUGAAAAUUUUGUUACGAGAGAAACUCAAGAGAAAAGUAAACAGAUUACGGGGCCAUUUCGAGCCACUCGGCUUUGGCACAUCUUAAUCGAUUGUCUGCGUUCUGAAGUGGUCGUGAAACGUCAACGUCACAAUUUUUUCAGGCAGUACGACAAUGUAUUUUCUGGAAGUAAUGCCGUCGACGUAAUUGAUUCUCAUUUACGACAGAUGGAAAGUGAAAUAUGUAAACAAGAAAUCACUAGAGAGAAUGCAGUCAAAGUGUGUCAAGUGUUAAUGGAUAACUCUAUAUUUGUAUCAGUGCCAUAUGGAUUAAAAAAGUUUGAAGAUAGCAAUAAAAGCUUUUAUAGGUUUAUUGAAGAUAAUUGUGGAACUUCAAAAAAUAUUUGUAAUCCACUGAUACCAGCAACAAAUAACGUUUAUAAUCAGAAAUUCUUACCUGCAUCACCAGAAAGAGAAAGAAAAUCCCUGGAUAAUAUUAUAUCAUCAAGUAAAUUGUCUCCAUCGAUGCUUAGUGGAAGGAGACGGCAUAGUUUUGUUGCUGCUGUUGUGUCUAACUUGGAAACAAAUGAUACAAAUAAAAGAAAAAUACCGAAACAAACUCCAAGGGGUAUUUUUAAACAGAAUAGUUUUAGAAUGUCUUUAUUAAAACGCAGACCAAAAUAUCAAUGGAUAAAUCAGGAAUUUGUACAGAAAAUUAGCUUAGAAACUUUUGAUGUUUCAGAAGAACUUAUAAAUAAUACUCGUGAUAAAGCAUUGUGCCAUUUAUUAACUUUUGUUGAUGUACCAAUUUUGGAAGAUAUUUUAAAUACUCCUACAAACAUGCAGAGAGUGAAACUUUUUGAAGAUGGACUAACCAUUGAAAAUGAAAAUGUGAAGUUGCAUACAACUCCUACAAAAUAUCCUUUAGCAAAAGAAUUUUAUAAAAUACCGUGGGUACGUGCCGCCACUGCUUGUCUAAUGUACGUACCUGAUGGAAUAGGGAAAUUAUGGUCUGUUCAGUCUUGUAAAUUGCACAGUUAUAAACAAGUGAAAGAAUAUUAUCAAAAUCUUCCAUUUCCAAUUUUACCCGACUCAUUUUUGCCACUUUAUACGUCUAUAUUAGAACUUCAUAAAGCAACAAAAUUUGAUCGAACACAAAAGGCCUUGCAGCUAUUAGCAACUAUCCUACCUUGGCAAAGAAGAGAUCAAUUAUAUAAACUUCUAUUGUUUUUAAAUUUAGUAGCACAAGAUUUAUCUAUUAAUGUUGAUAAAGAGUUAUCAAAUGAUGCAGCUGUAGUAAGAGAUUUUGUUGAUUGUUUUCUCUGUCAUCCUCUAUUGUCAAGGGAACAUCGCUCAACUUUAGUAUUGCUAUUUGUGAAAAAUGUCAAAUCAAUAUUUAAGUUUCCACAUUGGGUUUGUCAUUCAGGAAUUUCAUUUUGUGAAAAGUAUUUAUUAUACAGAAGUCACAUCCUUACAAAAAAAGAAUUGGAAAACUUAUUUUAUUCAAUUUUCAAAAGUGAUAUUUCUGAUAAAAAGAAAAGCAUAUGGUUGAGAAAAUUCAAAAGAUCUCAUUAUGAAAUUUAUGAAAAGUGUAUACCAAUUGUGUGAAACACAGACAUUGGUAUUUAGAAAUAACAACAUAAAAUGUACAAAUGAUAAAAUACUUUUAUUUAUUUAUUAAUUUUUGAAAGGGAGAGGUUUUUAAAUAUAUAAGAAGUGAUCAUGUAAUUUUAUUUAAUAAAUAA